UUUGGAAUAUGCUGGAAUCGAGAUACUUGUUUUUUGGUCUGCCAGUUUAGGAUAGCACUACAUCUUUUUUUUUGAUUUAUACCAACUUUUGUACUUUUUUUGAUUUAUACCAACUCAUUUACCUCUUUUGUUAAGCCUUGUUUCAUUUCAAUUUUCUUAAAAAUAAAAAUCAAAAUAUUCAGGAGGAUCCGUUCGGCCUGCUUUUACUUGGGAAACCGACAGUUAGCAGCAUCGAAAUAUUGAUUUUCAACGGAAGGAGGAGCUCAAUUUCCGAUGUAAACUAACGAUGAACUAUGAUAUUGCAACAGCUUUCUACGACUCAACCCAUGAGGUUUGCAGCCAAUCUUCAGAAAACUUGAUCUAUUAUUCUUAUCAAUUAACCAUGUGGUUGGAAGCAACAAAGAAGUGUUCUUUUGAGCACGAAAAAUUAGUCGAUUUAAUGGAGGAGAGGAAUUGCAAGUCAGAACCAAGAUGCUCAUCUCCAUAUCCACAGUCUCAUACCAUGCAAUCGACAACUGAUCCAAAUCAUCUUACUUUUCUCCGAGAUAACAUGAAUUCUGUGAAGAUGAGAAUUUCAGAGCUUGAAAGUCAAAUUGAGGAGAAACCUGAUGAUCUACAAUUGUCCCGUGAGAUCACAGAUGUUGGUACACAAGAGCAAGAAAUAGCUGAAAACGCCACUGAACACAAGAUCAAAAAGAAAAAUGGCGUGUUGAAAGUUUUGCAUCGCUUCUGGCGGAUCAUCAAGCGCAAGUCCAAGUGCAGCAACUAACCAGGAUCAAUUUUCUUCCAUGUCUUAUAUUAUAACCUUUAUCCUUUUUACAUCUUCAUUUGUAAUUUUAAGUUAACAAAAUUUCAACCAAUUUUCGGAGGGUUCACAAAAUCUCUUCAUAUCCCCAUGUCCCCCCCCCCCCUCUGAUCAGGAGUGGGCGGCAAACGAUUUUUUCCGGCAAACGGCCAAUCGGCAAAUUGCCGGAAUUGAAAACUUCCGGCAAAUCCGCAAACCGGCAAUUUACCAAUUUGCCGAAAGGCAAGUGCCGCCCACACCUUCCUCUGAUGUUUCGGUGAAGUCUGUUUGAAAAUGCGCUGUUUUCAUAAUCACAUAAAAUUUCAAAUUUUCUUCAUCGAAAAUCGCCCCUGCUCGUCCUUCUCAAAAUUGUUGAAUGAAAAUAUCAU